AUGGCCAAACCGACCACCGCGAUAGCACCUCGUGACGAGUCAAACACAGCAGCGCCCUCGCGCCCAGAUCCACCCCAUCCAAUAUCUACAAAGGGCACUUCUUCCUCAAAGCCCAACAGUGGCCACCCCGUCUCUGCUGCUGCUGCGCAAUUCCACAGGUUCCGCUUAACAGAGUUCAACCGCGCCGAAAACCCUUCACCUGCAGCGUCUCCGUCAUCUGCGUCUGCCCCUGCUGGACAGUGUUCGAGGUUUCGCGUUACUGACUUUGUGCCCUCUCCUUGGUCUGAUACGCCCACGCCCACUACACCCGCAGCGAUGUCUCCAGUGAUGAUGAAUGGGGGACGUUCAGCGAAUUUGAAUGGCGCUGGUGUUGUGAAUGUUGGUGCUGGCGCUGGUGGUGGGUCAUCGCCAUCGGGUAAUGCAAGGCAGGGGAGUUUCUCGGUGAUGCAUAUGGACGUGGAGGGGUCGGGUCCGCAGCAAACUAGUACUAUGGUCGCAGCCGCUGCAGGCUCAGGCAGAGGUGUUUUGCAGAAGGUUGCUGUUGCCUCGCCGCAGCAACAGCAGCAACAGCAGCUUCUUAUGAUGUCGAAACCAGGAACUGGCAUGCAGCAGCGCCCACUGGCCCCGUCACCAAUGACUGCAGCCACCAGUACUGCUGGAGGGGCUGUCAAGCCCUUCGACCCAGCAACGGUUCCUCAAGAAGCUGUAUGGGAGCUUUCCAGGGUCCUCGGCAUAUUCCGCCAACACUCACCCGACAGCAUAGUAAAGACAAUUACGGAUGCGCUGAUGCAAUGGCCCUCCCUUGCAGAAGGCAGUCUCCUGCGGCGGAUUGGGGAGGUAUUCCCGCCGCCACCAGCGCCAGCUCCUACCAGUCAGAAUGGAAACGCUGCCCAGGAGCCGCCGAAGAAGAAGCGCGGGAGGCCGCCGGGAAAGAAGGCGAAGAUGAAUGAUGGCACAUCAGCCCCUGUACCUAUAGCGGCGAGCCCCGUGGGGCUACAGCAGCAAACUAUGGCACCGCCCCCCUUGCCAUUUGCGCAACAACAGCAACUUCAGCAACAGCAGUCCCUAAUACCGCCCGCACCAAUACCAGCACCCGUGAUACUAGGUCCCACCCGAGGAAAAAAUGCGGCUGAUAAACUCGUGCAAUGCACGCGAUGCCUGAAGGACUUCAAUCCCACCUGGCGCGCAACUCCAGCAUCCGAUCCCUCAUCAGAGGCGACCUGCGCAGUCAAGCACCAAUUCAAGACCUUUGAACAAGGGCUUGAAGCUGUGACUCUUCCACGACGCAAAAACAAUUACAAGACAACCUGGAAAUGGAAGUGCUGUGGCCGUGAAGUACAGAGCACAUCAGAUCAAUUACUGAUGUGGCCUCGGAAAGAAGAUGAUCGAACUGGUGGAUGGUGUUUUGUGGGAAAACAUACCACCGAACCCGGUGUCCGGGAGAAACUGGGUCUCAAGCCAGGCAAAGGGAAGAAGAUUAGUGAGGAGAUUGGGAAGAAGCGAAAGAAGACUUCUGACGCCAAAGAAGCAGAAGUGGCAAAGAGCAGUGACAGUGAUAGCUGGGUCCUACCGGAAACUGCGCUUGGGGGUUAUGACCUCGCCCAGCCUUCUCCACCUGCUCCGUCGACAUACCCACAAACCGAGUCCACAUCGCAAUCCGAUGAACCGCCUAAACGGAAGCGUGGUCGUCCUAAGGGUAGUAAAACUCGCAGUAAGGUUAUGCAAAUGAGUCAGCCAGCUCUCAAAGACCAACAACAACCCGUGAUUCAGCAAAGCACAGGGCCUGAGCAACAACUCAUGAAUGAGCAUGCACAGAGCACCCAUGAUCCUACAGGGCUAGGCGUUGACCAGAGCUCGUUCUGGACGCAGUACACCGAGCCUAAUCUUAUAGAUGAUGAUGGCGAGGGAGAAGACGAUGAUGAAGAAGUAGAGGAAGCUGAUAACAGCAGCGAAGACCCCGCCAUCUCAACGGCAGACCUAUCGCUUCUUGCGUCCGCUACCGCGGCCAUGACCGCUGCUGUUCAAGACGCGCCAAUAGAGAAGAGGAAGCGGGGCAGGCCCAAGGGUAGUAGGAACGGGAAAAUGGCAGUGGUAGAUACCACGCAGAAGGCACUACGCAUGAAGCCCAGUACCGAGAAAGUAGUAAAUAAAAUACCGCCCCCGCCACCUCCGCAGCUACAGCCGGUACCGGAUCCAGCAGUGACCGGUACAGACGAAGGGGCACCGUUUGUGGGCAUGGCAGGUAUGGGUGCGAUGGACGGGUAUGGCGGCCUGGGAAGUGGUGAUGGUGGUGGAUGGUUUGGCUAA